AUGUCAGACGAAACCCCCAAGAAUGAACCGGCUGCGGAGACACCGCAAAUCACAACAUCGGCCGACGCUUCCACCAACGGACUCCCAGCGCAAACAGAAGCUCAAAAAGAUGUUGUGAUGUCUGAUGCGCCUGCUGAUCAGCCUGCAUCAUCUCCCGCUCCAGUUGCUCAUGCGCCGAGCCCAGCACCAGCCCGAACUGGAACUCCAGCACAAGGUUCUAGAGCUGCUUCAGCUCAUCCAGAUGUUGGCCUUAACAUACCCUCCGAAGCUCCCCCGCAUGGCGAUUCGGCACGACGAUAUCUCAACACAAAAGUCACUGGAGUGCUGCUGGAGGGUAUGAAGCAGUUGGCAAAAGACCAGCCAAACGAUCCUCUUCGAGUAUUGGGAGAAUAUCUCAUCCAAAAAUCAAAAGAGCUGGAAGGAACUGCCUAG